UUUUAUAAAGGUUGCAUUUUGAUAGUAGCUCGUGACUUUACCUCCUAUGCUUUCGGUGUGAAUGUUGGACAUUUUUGGAGGACGGUAAUUCAACGUGCUCGCUCCGCUGUCGAUAUUUUUCUUGUCGUGCAUGUUGGCCGGUCUGAACGUGGACACUAGCUGGCGCCUCGUAAACCGCUAGCCGGCUAACUAGCUGCUAGCACGGGAAGUAAAGUCAACACUGCCACGGGCUGUAUGAAAUCUGGGGGGAAAUAUACGUUUCUCGUUCAAAUUACACCCUCCCAAUCUACGGUCAUAGUUUAUAUCAACAUUAAAAUGCUAUUCGUGGAGAGUUAUUCACGCAAACUGCUAAAUUGUUGCAGACGUUUUUCUUUCUCUGGACAGGACCCAUGCAAGCAUGACCGGAGCUGCUCUGUAAAGCCAAGGGUAGCAUCACGUCCUAGCUGUGUUUAUCCAGGCCUCUGUAUAAGAGGGACGCUUCUGCAAAAACUGCAAAGUCCUCAGUGGUGGGAAGAGCCUGGUAUUAUGUGUAGUAUGUGUAAGCUGGAUACACUCAGUCCCUUUAAGUCUAAAGUCCAUGUUCUCCCUCCUGGAUUGUUGUUUUAUUAUAAACAAGCAGGCAUUUUUAACAUGUAAUAGUAGAAAAAACAGGAAAGGUUUAAUUAAGCUCGCAGAUAAAGAUAUAAUGAUGUCCUUCCUGGACAGAUUUCUUCCAAUUUUCUUUAAAGUAUCAGCUGCGAAUUCAAUUUUGGCUCAUUCUAACUUUUUUCUUAGGACAAACGUGACACGUGUUAGUCCUAUAGAUUUUUAAAAAAAAUAUUUGAAUGAAAUAUUAAAAAUAUUUUUAUGAAAAAAAAAAGCAUCAAUAAAUGUUCUGUUGGUUGACAAAAGUAGUGUCUUUUGAAUACUAUAAAAAAGGAAGCACAUUUUUCAGGACUUCACUUGCUGAUCACCAAAAGUGAUGAAGGGAAAUUUCUGUUUUAAUAAUCUGAAAAAGAAACGUGAAACUCCAGCACUCUAAACUGAAGAAAAUACAUGAUGUAAUGUUUUAGCAACAAUCUGACCACUAGAUUUUCUUUUUUUUGCUUCAAUCAUGUACACGGUUUGGUUAACAAGCACAUAUUAUUUCACUGUCCUAAGCUUAUUCUCACUGUUUAGCAGAUCCUAGAAGAACCAGUUUGCUUUUCACUGCAGAUUCAUGACAAUGGAAAUGAAGGGCGAACAGCAGGACGAAGAUAUUUCAUUCAGCAACACUGACACUAAUGGUAAACGUCCUGCUGAGGACAUGGACGAGGAGCAGGCCUUCAAACGUUCACGCAACAUUGAUGAGAUGGUGGAGCUGCGUGUUCUGCUUCAGAGCAAAAAUGCGGGAGCCGUCAUUGGAAAGGGUGGCAAGAACAUAAAAGCUCUUCGCACAGACUACAAUGCCAGUGUAUCAGUCCCAGACAGCAGUGGCCCAGAGCGGAUCCUGAGUGUAAGUGCCAGUAUCGACACCAUUGGAGAGAUUCUACUGAAAAUCAUCCCAACACUAGAGGAGUACCAACAUUACAGUGGGAUUGAUUUUGACUGUGAGCUUCGCCUGCUGAUCCAUCAGAGUUUGGCUGGUGGGAUAAUUGGAGUGAAAGGUGCCAAGAUAAAGGAGCUCAGAGAGAAUACCCAGACCACCAUCAAGUUGUUCCAAGAGUGCUGUCCCCACUCUACUGACAGGGUUGUCUUAGUGGGAGGAAAACCAGAACGUGUGGUUGAAUGCAUAAAAGUGAUCCUGGAGCUAGUAUCAGAGGCACCGAUUAAAGGCCGUACUCAGCCUUACGACCCUAACUUCUACGAUGAGACGUAUGACUACGGUGGCUUCACCAUGUUGUUUGAGGAUAGGGGCCGACGACCUAUGGGUGGAUUUCCCAUCCGCGUGCGCGGCGGUUUUGAACGCUUGCCUCCUUUACGUGGCAGCAGACCUCUGCCUCCCUCCAGAAGAGACUAUGAUGACAUGAGCCCUCGCCGGGGUCCUCCACCACCGCUUAGCAGGGGCAUACGAGGGGGCAGCCGAGCGCGCAACCUGCCUCUCCCACCACCCCCGCCGCCAAGAGGAGGAGGAGACAGGUUUUCACAUGGCAGCUAUCAUGGCAGCAUGGAUGACAGACCAAGCGAAAGAAGAGGCAGAGACCGCUAUGACAGCAUGAGUGGAGGUGGUUAUGACAGCCAUUCUUCCUGGGAGCGCUUUCCAUCUGGUGGCAGAGGAUCAUACAGUGACAUCGGAGGCCCGGUCAUCACGACGCAAGUCACCAUCCCAAAAGAUCUGGCGGGCUCCAUCAUCGGGAAGGGCGGCCAGAGAAUCAAGCAGAUCCGCCACGAGUCUGGGGCAUCCAUCAAGAUUGAUGAACCACUAGAGGGCUCUGAGGACCGCAUCAUCACCAUCACAGGGACACAGGACCAGAUCCAGAACGCCCAGUACUUACUGCAGAACAGUGUGAGGCAGUACUCCGGUCGGUUCUUCUAGAGGGAAGCGGAUGAGAGGGUGAAGCCAUGCUGCCAUACUGUUUUGCUCAUUCUAUUCAGAGCCAACAUUCCUCUGCUUUGGGUAGAUGUGUCCCUUCCCUUUAACUGUCUCCAGCUACACCACCGUUGUGUACACCAGGUUUUAUUUGGAGGCCUGAAAAAUCCAUAAUUCAGUGCUGGUAUCUUCUUUUCUUUUUAUCCACUGGUGUGUAACCCAUCUGUGUGAUUAGGUUUGGUGUUGUGAACCGGCCCUAGGCCUUAUCUUCCGCAUUUCAGUACAGCAAGCAGAAUGUACUUUCUUUUCUGUUCUUGUUUGAAAGAUAUUUUUAUGAUUUCCUUCAAAUUUUAAGACCACUUUCCUAACAAAGAUGACUAGUUUUUGAAUGGUUGAGAAACUAUUGGAGUAAAGUUAAAUAACUGUUUAAUUUCAAUUUUCCAUCGCUUGUCUCCAUAUGUAAAAAGUGUUUGGGUUUUUUUGGGGUUUUUUUAGAUGAUGGUUGAGGGGUUUGGGAGAGUAUUUAUUUUGGAACAGCGGAAAUCAAUAGUCUUCUCAAAUUCACAGAGAGCAAAACUUCGGUUAGGAGUGUGUGGGCCCUUUGUUCUGUAUAAGCAUGGAUGUGCUGUUCGGCGUCAGUCUUUGAAUUAAUAAGCAAUGUGGGCUUAAAAAUUUUAAACCCCAGAAAGCUCAUUUAUACACCCCACUACACACACUAAGAUUACCUUGUGUGAAAAUGUCACAAUGAAAAAAUAUGUGAUUUGAUCUGCCUUUAUUAAAAACAAAGACAAAAAAAACCCUUUUUUUUCUUAGCUUUUGCUAAAAUAGUAUGCAGGAUACCAUCACAUUUUUAUAAACAUUGGCUAAGUAUUUUUUUAAAUUCUUCCAUAUUUUGUAAGGGCAACAUGCCUUACAAAAUAAGCCUUUUUUUCAGCCAGCUCUCCGGCAGUGUGCAACAAAUAGAGAAGAGGCAGAAAAAAAAUUCAAACAUUCAACCACAGGAACAGUUAUCCAUGUAGGUCCAUGUCUAUCACAAAAAAUGUAAAGAAGACUAUCUGAUUAGUCUUGCUGGAAGGGUUUACACUGUGGACGCCUUAAUUUAAUUUUUUUUUUAGCAGAUCAGUCUAGUCCAAUGCUUUUUGGUAAUGACACCUUUGUCAAAUAUGUCUUCUGUCUGAAGGUGUAAUAAAUGUGAAAGACUGUUAAGGCAAAAGAAAAAAUGUAAGAAAAUCUACUUUUAUUUGAAAGAUGAUUGUACAAUUUGUAUAUAUAUAUAUCUGCUUAAAACCUGUGAUUUUAUGGACUUUUGGUUCGGCCCAAACUGUGUGAUGUUUUCUUGGAAGAAAAAAAGUGCCAAAAACAGACUUACAAGUUUUCCUCUUUGCUACGGUGGCCCUUUUGUGCCAAACAUAACAAAAAUAAACAUUCUCUAAAAUCACUAGCUUUUCAAUAUUAAAGCUAUUGAAAACACUGCAUUUUAAAAAUAUGAGAUGAUAUAAUAAAAAUGUCAGAAGAAGACUGAAAAAAAGAAUUAUAAAUACAAAGUGUGCCUGUUUGGCCAUUUUGUUCCUGCACUUUUGGUCGUAUUGUUUCAUGACUUUCUGCAAUAUCCAAAAAAACACAAACAAAACUAAAUGAUGCUUAUGUGCGUGGGGAUGAAACGGGUUAGAAGGGAUGUAAAGUUACACAAUUGGUGAAGGGACAAAUAAAUCCAGUUACUUGUAAAUGUAUUUCUUAUUAAAUCUUUCCUACGCGUUUCCUGAUUACGGAAUUAUAUUUUGAAUCUUUUACUGUAAGAAAAAUGUACACAAUCAACUUUUUCAUCAAUAUCGGGCUUUCUGUUACUAUAAAGUAUGGAUUUGCUGUUGUGUAGCCACAGUCUCUGAUCUGUUCACUCCUGAACUUUUUUGUUUUAUUUUUGGAAAUUUUUUUUUAAGUAUCCCUGAAGAUGCAGGUCUCUGUGUGAGGCGGAUGCAGAUUUGCGAGUCCACAAGUGAUCAAUUCUGUAUGUGCUCUCAAGAUAUUUGUAGUAACUCCAAGUGUUUAGUAAAUAAAGUCUGUGUCACAGCUCUGA